GACAAAAGUCAGGAAGAAUUGCAAGGCGCUGCUGCGAUUUCUGGGGGGGGGGGGUUGCUGCUCCCAUCCAAAAGACGACUUGCGUGCAGGCGCGCAUGUGCGUGCGUCCACUUUCCUCAAGGCAAUCCACGCUUCCUGUCAAUCAAGCUGGGACCGUGAAGUGGAUCGGGUAACUGGAUUCUCUGGAUGCUGAUGAUGGGUCGGAUAUAGCAUUGGAGGACUCCCCCCCCCCCCCCCCCAAAAAAAAGUGACGAGUUUGGAUUUUAGCCAUGGGAUGGACGCGCGUGGACGGAUGCGAGAGCAGGCGUUGACGGUGCCGGCGGCGUGGACGCGCGCCCAGUCUUGUUUUGUUGUCGUCCACGGAUGACAAAGAAGGAAAAAGUUUCGCAGCCGGAUGGAAGAGCGGCGUCGUGUCGUCUUCGUCGUCGUGGUGGUGGUCGCGUCGCUCCGCGGGCUACGACGCCGCGUGCGCGCGUGAGCGUACGCGUUAAUUGCGACUUCAUUAGCUGCCUGCGCGCGCGCGAACAAGGGCGGAGGAAUGCACGCGCCGGCUGCAGGGUCGACAGCAGCAGCAGCAUCCAGCUUUGCCGCGACCACAGGUGUUCCCUAGUAAACAGUGACUCCAAAUCCCAGAAUGCCACGGAGCGGCGAGGGCGGCGUCCCAGUGGGUCCACCUGACCUGAGCCUACCUGCCCCCCUCGACUCCCAUUCCUCCUAAUCCCCCCCACCCCACCCCGACCCCUCCGUCCCCUUCGUCGUCCUCCUGCCCGAUCCCACCCCUCCGCCUCGUCCUCUCCUCACCCCCGCAGCACACAUGCAGGCCAAGAAGCGGUACCUGCUCGUGUCUGUGGGGGUCGCGCUUCUCUUCCUGGUCUACGUGUGGGCUCUGCAAAUCGCCGACUUGGAGCAGCAGCAGCGGUGGUACCGCCGCCACCAGUUGCCCCAGUACCCCGACCGCCACCAGGACCAACCGUACAGCCCGAGCCAGGAAGCGGACCGGGCCGGGCCCGGGCCGCCGCCUCGCAGGGGCCCGUCCAAGCAGCCCGGCCACUGGACCGAGUUGACUCGGCUGCUGGAGCCCUACCUGGAGGGAGGGGAGCAGGAGGAGGACGGUCCUCAGGUGCACCACCAGCACAGCUCGCCCAGAGAGCGGCGCUCGGUCCGCGACAACCUCUACAAGAACAAACGCUGCCGCAUGGAAACCUGCUUCGACUUCGCCCGCUGUCAGUCGAACUUCGGGGUCUACGUCUACCCGUCACAGAGGGGGGACGAGAUCUCCGCCGCCUACCGUAAGAUCUUGUCCUCCAUCCAGGAGUCUCGCUUCCACACGGCGGACCCCCUGCAGGCCUGCCUGUUCAUCCUGGCCGUGGACACCCUGGACAGGGACCGUCUGUCGGCCCAGUUCGUCCAGAACGCCAGGACGCGUAUCCAGAGUUUGCCCACGUGGAACGACGGUAGGAACCACCUGAUUUUUAACCUCUACUCCGGGACCUGGCCGGACUACACGGAAGAUCUGGGCUUCGAGGUGGGCCAGGCCAUGUUGGCCAAGGCCAGCGCCGACGUGGCCAACUUCCGACCCAACUUUGAUAUUUCCAUCCCCUUGUUCUCCAAAGACCACCCGCUCAAAGCAGCGGGCUUGGGUGGCGCGGGGGUCACAGGCGGCGCGGCGGGCCGAGACGCGCCGUCCUCCUCGUCGUCGUCCAGGCGCUACCUGCUGGUCUUCAAAGGGAAGCGCUACUUGACGGGGAUCGGCUCCGAGACCAGGAACGCUUUGUACCACAUCCACAACGGGGACGAUAUUGUCCUGCUGACCACCUGCAAGCACGGCAAGGACUGGGAGAAGCACAAGGACUCACGCUGCGAUCACGGCAACCAAGAAUACGCAAAAUUCGACUACCAGGAGCUGCUCCACAACUCCACCUUCUGCCUGGUGCCGCGGGGCCGACGCCUCGGCUCCUUCCGCUUCCUGGAGGCGCUGCAGGCGGCGUGCAUUCCCGUCAUUCUGAGCAACGGCUGGGAGCUUCCCUUCUCCGAGGUCAUCGACUGGAGGAAGGCGGCCGUGGUCGGCGACGAGAGGCUGCUGCUGCAGGUUCCGUCCAUGACUCGCUCGGUAGGCCGUGACAGGAUCCUAGUUCUCCGCCAGCAGAGUCAGUUUCUGUGGGACGCCUACUUCUCCUCCGUAGCCAAGAUCGUCCUCACCACUCUGGAGAUAAUCCGGGACCGCGUGGACUCCGUAGCGUCCCGAAACCGUCUGAUGUGGAACUCCCUGCCUGGUGGUCUCUAUGCACUCCCUCAGUACUCCACUGACCCCGCACGCUUUCCCUUUUAUUAUGCCAUGCUGGGUAAGAGCCCGCCGCAGCGGUUCACCGGCGUGAUCCAUACGGUGAGUCCGCUGCAGUCGCAGCCGUCUCCUGUGCUCAAGCUCAUCAUCGCUGUGGCCAAGUCCAAGUUCUGUGCGCAGAUUGUGGUUUUAUGGAACAGCGACAAGCCUUUACCUGCCAGGAACAAGUGGCCCUCCACCAGUGUGCCUCUCACCGUCAUCCAAGGACAGAGCAAGAUGAUGAGUAGUCGUUUUUACCCGCACGACGUCAUUGUCACCGACGCCAUCCUCAGUCUGGACGAAGACUCGGUUCUCUCCACCAAUGAGGUGGAUUUCGCCUUCAUCGUGUGGCAAGGUUUUCCGGAGCGCAUCGUGGGUUAUCCCGCCCGGAGUCACUAUUGGGACAGCUCGCGGUCCUGCUGGGGCUACACCUCCAAAUGGACCAACGACUACUCCAUGGUGCUGACCGGGGCCGCGUUCUACCACAGGUACUACCACUACCUGUUCAGCAGCUACGUGCCCAGCGGCCUGCUGAGCGUGGUGGACCGCAUGGCCAACUGCGAGGACAUCCUGAUGAACUUCCUGGUUUCUGCCGUCACCAGGCAGGCGCCCGUCAAGGUCACGCAGAAGAAGCAGUACAAGGAGACCAUGAUGAGCCAAGGCUCCAAGGCGUCCCGCUGGGCCGACCCGGACCACUUUGCCGAGCGUCAGACGUGCGUCAACGCCUUCGCUCGCUGGCUGGGCUUCAUGCCUCUGCUGCACUCGCAGAUGAGACUGGACCCGCUGCUCUUCCGGGACCAGGUGUCCAUGCUGCGCAAGAAGUACCGCGACAUCGAGAGGCUGUGAACGCACCGCCACCGUGAGCGCCCCCUUCCCCCGCCGUGGACCUUUCGACGCGUAACGGAUGCAGAAGGUACGCUCACGCUCGCCAAAGAAUGCACGACAGGGACGUGGGCUGCAUGAACAAAACCUUUCCUCUCCGCAUCGUCCAAAAAGAGCAAAGAAAAGCGGAAUCGUAUGCACUAAGUGAUGGACAGUGUCGCUAUUGUACAUUUGCAGCUGCAAAUAAA